AAUGCCCUCUGAGGCUCAGGAGCCUCGAGACAGAGGACCGCCCCCUCCCGUCACUCGGGCUGGACGCAGCGCUCAUCUGGCCAAGGCCAAAGCCUCUAGCCCCGCCCUUGAGAGGCGGCCCCGCGGCCGGCCGAGAAAGGAUGGAAGCAACGGGCGCUCGGCUCCGCCCACUCCCUCUCUUCCUCCACCUCCCCCACUGCCUAAAUCCAGGAAAAAGGGGAGGAGCCGAGGGCGGGCACAGGUGGUUGAUGAAGAGAGCACGGACACUGCAGAGAAGAGCCGGCCUCAAAGAACAGAACCACGCGGGUCUUCUGGGAUCUCCACAGAACCAAAGGAGCCCAAGGCGCAGAGGGAGGUGAAGGCAGCGGGGCGUCGGCGCUCCGCCUCCAGGAGGAAGUCUCACGCAAAUCCUGAUCCAGAAAACUACCAGUACAGACUCAGUCCUCAUUCUGAGCUGGAUCCUGACCUGGCAGUCCCAAGUCAUGGCCCUGAACCACUUCCCUGUUUUGAGGAGAAGAACAGAACCAGUCCUGAUCCUGCUGCCCUGCCCACAGACCCUGUCUUUGAGGUUCACACCCUGUCUCCUGCCCCAGACCUCAGACCAGAUCCCGACCCAUCAGAAGAGGACCAGCCCAGUACGAUCCACAACCCUGCCCCCACAGAGGCUGAAGGGGGCGAGGCCAGUCCCAUGGGGCUUUGUCCAGUGACGAGUCCCCUUUCCAGUGCCCCGGUGUCCCCCUGUGUACGGCUCGAGGACGAGGACUCGCUGUCCCCUCUGUUCCAGAGGUCCCUGUCGGAGGACUCGGGGGGGUCGCCCACCCCCAGCCUGGACCUCAGUAAAAAACGGCUGAAGCAGUGUGCCUUCUGUUACCGUGGUGACCAGCCCCCUCUGGGCCAGGGCCGCCUGCUGGUUUUUGGCCCAACGCCGGGCUACAUCCCGCUCCACAUCCUCAACCGCCACACCUCCUCCGACCGGGACGACGACUGCCCCGAACACUGUUACCGAGGCAACCGAGACCCACCCACGAGCAGCAGUCUAGAACUACGUGUCUCCUCCCUCUGUGGUGCAUCUGCAGAGGACCAGUCUUCCUCAGAGUUCAUCAAGCAGGUCGGACCAAUUGGCCUUCCACAUGACGUCAACGUCCAAUCACUGUUCGAUGCCACAGGUCAGUGCUGCGCUCACCUGCACUGUGCCUCGUGGUCAGAGGGCGUUCAUCGGGGCGAGGGGCAGUCUUUGCUCUACGUGGACAGAGCCAUCGAUUCAGGAAGCACUCAGGUGUGUGCAUUCUGCCAACGGCUUGGUGCAUCACUGCGUUGCCAGGAGACAAGCUGUGGGCAGAGCUACCACUUCCCUUGCGCUGCUGCAGCCGGCGCUCAGCAGGACUGGAGCCAGAGACUCACGCUGUGCACGAGACACGCCCACACAGACUCGUUGCGGUGCGUGGCAUGUUCGGACGGCGCCGGUCCUGGCAGCCUGCUGAUGUGCUGUUGCUGUGGUAACUGUUACCACGGCAGCUGCCUAGUCCCCCCUCUAAGCCCCUCCCCCCUGCUUCGGGCUGGGUGGCAAUGUCCUGAGUGUCAAGUGUGUCGCAGCUGCAGGGUACGAGAAGAUGACACUGAGCUGCUGGUGUGUGAGCGCUGUGAUAAAGCUUACCACACACACUGUCUCACACCACCUGUGGACCAUGGGCCGAGCUCCAGCUGGACUUGCAGGAACUGCAGAGUCUGUCGCCGCUGUGGUGUGAUGUCAUCAGGCCAGUGGGCUAAUCACCUGUUUCUUUGUGAGUCAUGUGACCCAGCCCCUCCCUGCCUUCUCUGUGGCCACACCCCUGACUUUUCUACACCGCAGGAGGUUCUGACCUGUACCUGCUGCCACAGGUUGGUCCAUGCAGAGUGCUUGGUCCAGUCUGGUGAGGGCAGGACAGGAUCUGAAGGCUACACCUGCUCCUCCUGUAGGCCUCAGGGGACAGAGCAGACCCUGUCCAUCAGUCACACCUCAGCACCACCCACUAACAUUUCACUGUCACAAGUUCCCCCUCACACUGAGACUCCACCCAUCAGUGCUCCUGCUCACAGUCCGGUCCAGCUCAUCAGUUCAGAACCGAGUCAGACUGAAACUUCAGAGCUCCAACACAGUCCUAAACCCUCUCCUGAAAAACAUCAAAGAAGUCCUCAAGCUGAAGAGAAGCAGGACAGCCCAUCUAUUGAAGACCUCCCAAUCAGGCUUCGAAAACCUACCACUGUUCUGAAAGUCCCUUCUGCACGGUCGCUGAAAGGCUUGGAAGGUCCUGCGCCAUCUUCUCUAGAGCUUCAAAGAAGUCUAUCAUCUUCAAAAGAAAAUAAUCAGUGCUGCUCACCAUCUCCAGAUGAUACUCGUACAAAUCCUUCACUGGUUCCUACAAAACACAAACAUUCUCCUGUAUGGACAUCUGAAACCAUUUGUCAAAGUCCCGCCCCUUCAACAGAGGAGCAGCGGCAAAGUCCCGCCCCUUCAACAGAGAAGCAGCAGCAAAGUCCCACCCCUUCAACAGAGGAGCAGCGUCAAAGUCCCGCCCCU